GGCGGCCGGCACCGGGGGCGCCACGGAGCAGCCGCCGCGGCACCGGGAACACAAAAAACACAAGCACCGGAGUGGCGGCAGUGGCGGUAGCGGUGGCGAACGACGGAAGCGGAGCCGGGAACGCGGGGGCGAGCGCGGGAGCGGGCGGCGCGGGGCCGAAGCUGAGGCCCGGAGCAGCACGCACGGGCGGGAGCGCAGCCAGGCAGAGCCCUCGGAGCGGCGCGUGAAGCGGGAGAAGCGCGAUGACGGCUACGAGGCCGCUGCCAACUCCAAAACUAGCUCAGGCGAUGCCUCCUCACUCAGCAUCGAGGAGACUAAUAAACUCCGGGCAAAGUUGGGGCUGAAACCCUUGGAGGUUAAUGCCAUCAAGAAGGCCAUGGGCGGGCAUAGCCUCACGUCUGGGCCCUCCUUCCAGAGGCGGGCACCAAGGAGGAGCCCGUGACAGCUGAUGUCAUCAACCCUAUGGCCUUGCGACAGCGAGAGGAGCUGCGGGAGAAGCUGGCGGCUGCCAAGGAGAAGCGCCUGCUGAACCAAAAGCUGGGGAAGAUAAAGACCCUAGGAGAGGAUGAUCCCUGGCUGGAUGACACUGCAGCCUGGAUCGAGAGGAGCCGGCAGCUGCAGAAGGAGAAGGACCUGGCAGAGAAGAGGGCCAAGUUACUGGAGGAGAUGGACCAAGAGUUUGGUGUCAGCACUCUGGUGGAGGAGGAGUUCGGGCAGAGGCGGCAGGACCUGUACAGUGCCCGGGACCUGCAGGGCCUCACCGUGGAGCAUGCCAUUGAUUCCUUCCGAGAAGGGGAGACCAUGAUUCUCACCCUCAAGGACAAAGGUGUGCUGCAGGAGGAAGAGGACGUGCUGGUGAACGUGAACCUGGUGGAUAAGGAGCGGGCAGAGAAAAAUGUGGAGCUGCGGAAGAAGAAGCCUGACUACCUGCCCUAUGCCGAGGACGAGAGCGUGGACGACCUGGCGCAGCAAAAACCUCGCUCUAUCCUGUCCAAGUAUGACGAAGAGCUUGAGGGGGAACGGCCGCAUUCCUUCCGCUUGGAGCAGGGCGGCACGGCCGAUGGCCUGCGGGAGCGGGAGCUGGAGGAGAUCCGGGCCAAGCUGCGGCUGCAGGCUCAGUCCCUGAGCACGGUGGGGCCCCGGCUGGCCUCCGAAUACCUCACGCCUGAGGAGAUGGUGACCUUUAAAAAGACCAAGCGGAGGGUGAAGAAAAUCCGCAAGAAGGAGAAGGAGGUAGUAGUGCGGGCGGAUGACUUGCUGCCUCUCGGGGACCAGACUCAGGAUGGGGACUUUGGUUCCAGACUGCGGGGACGGGGUCGCCGCCGAGUGUCUGAGGUGGAGGAGGAGAAGGAGCCCGUGCCUCAGCCCCUGCCGUCGGAUGACACCCGAGUGGAGAACAUGGACAUCAGUGAUGAGGAGGAAGGUGGAGCUCCACCCCUGGGGUCCCCGCAGGUGCUGGAGGAGGACGAGGCAGAGCUGGAGCUGCAGAAGCAGCUGGAGAAGGGACGCCGGCUGCGACAGUUACAGCAGCUACAGGAGCUACGAGACAGUGGCGAGAAGGUGGUGGAGAUUGUGAAGAAGCUGGAGUCUUGCCAGCGGGGCUGGGAGGAAGAUGAGGAUCCCGAGCGGAAGGGGGCCAUUGUGUUCAACGCCACGUCCGAGUUCUGCCGCACCUUGGGGGAGAUCCCUACUUACGGGCUGGCUGGCAAUCGCGAGGAACAGGAGGAGCUCAUGGACUUUGAACGGGAUGAGGAGCGUUCAGCCAACGGUGGCUCCGAAUCUGACGGGGAGGAGAACAUCGGCUGGAGCACAGUGAACCUGGAUGAGGAGAAGCAGCAGCAGGAUUUCUCUGCCUCCUCCACCACCAUCCUGGACGAGGAACCGAUCGUGAAUAGGGGGCUGGCAGCUGCCCUGCUCCUGUGUCAGAACAAAGGGCUGCUGGAGACCACAGUGCAGAAGGUGGCCCGGGUGAAGGCCCCCAACAAGUCGCUGCCCUCAGCCGUAUACUGCAUCGAGGAUAAGAUGGCCAUCGAUGACAAGUACAGCCGGAGGGAGGAGUACCGAGGCUUUACACAGGACUUCAAGGAGAAGGACGGCUACAAACCCGACGUUAAGAUCGAAUACGUGGACGAGACAGGCCGGAAACUCACACCCAAGGAGGCUUUCCGGCAGCUGUCCCACCGCUUCCAUGGCAAGGGCUCAGGCAAGAUGAAGACAGAGCGGCGGAUGAAGAAGCUGGACGAGGAGGCGCUCCUGAAGAAGAUGAGCUCCAGCGACACGCCCCUGGGUACCGUGGCCCUGCUCCAGGAGAAGCAGAAGGCUCAGAAGACCCCCUACAUUGUGCUCAGCGGCAGCGGCAAGAGCAUGAAUGCGAACACCAUCACCAAGUGACAGCGCCCUCCCUCCCCGGCCCUGCCUCAACCUUCAUAUUAAAUAAAGCUCCCUCCUUAUUUUUUCCUCCCUGGUCAUGGUACGGAUUCCAGGGUUAGAUCGUUGGUUGGGUGUGGCACAGAGUCUGGCUCCUGCUAGGUGAGACCCGGCCAUCAAAUGACACACACAACUAAAUGACGGAAGAGAGAGCGAGCCCGGGUCCUCUAAGGCUCCUUCCUUCUCCCCUGGCUGUCGGUUACACCUCUGCAGGGCCGAUUCUCUGACAGAAAGUGGAAGGCGGUUUUAGAAACUCGUCACCCUGCUCUCUCCUGGCCUCAGGGGCUGGACAGGUCACUGUCCUGUAAUCUCUCCUGGUCAGAGAGCCCAGGACUGCCCAUCCUGGUGGGCUGGGGAUUGGGCUUUGGGUAGGGCACAGGUGCCACCUUCUGUCCUGGCUGUCCUGUGCCACCCUGGUCUGUCUAGAGGAGUGAAACUCCCAGGGUUGGGCUGGGAGUAUUUGGUGCACGCGGUGUGGAGAGGGCUGAGCCCAGUGCCUCCUGGGAGACUUGCCCCAUGUGCAGUGACCCAGAAAGAUGGAACUCCUUGGCCUGAACUCUGUGAUAGAGCGUGACCGAGCUGCUGGGGGACAUGUGAGCCUCAAAUCCAUAGAUGGCCACCUUGGGUGCCCAGGACACUGGUGCCCGGCCCCACGUACACCCACAUACUUCCCAGAUGGCUCCCACAUUUUAAGAUUUUAAAAAUGAAACCAAAAAAUAAAUUGAGGAAAACUGUAAACUUUAAAGAAUAA